AUGAGCUGCAGUCGAGAAGAAUUCCCUGGCUCAUACAGUGUUAUCCUAGAAGUCAAAUACACAGGAUCCCGCGGGUUAAGGCAAGCUAAAAUAUGGGUUUCUGACCCGCGUGAUCAUGCAGCAGAAUAUAUACUCGCCAUUCAAGUUGCGAAGGAAAAUAAAGGAAAACGGAUUAAUCCAACUAAGCGCAAAAGGCUGAGAGAACAGAAUCCUGAUCCGGAACCUCAUGUUAAUGGCCUAAAACGGAAGCGUGGAAGGCCUCGUAAAGUUAGGGAAGAAAGUACACCUCUGUCUAACUCUCAAAACCCCAGCGAAGAUGAUCAGUACAGCGGUAUACCAGGAUACCCAGCCUCAUCAUCCGCAUCUGAGUACGGCAAUGAGUCUACACAAAACAUAUCUCCACCUCCUGCUCACGUUGAGCGGUCGCCCUCAACACCCGUCAAUUCUGCAAUCAACUCUCAGGCGAGAGAUUCUCAGUCUGCAACCCAGUCAUUUGUACGAAUGAUAUUCGAAAAGGAACCUUCUGUUGAUGUUCCGGCCCUUCGAGUUGACCGCCAGUCAUCAAUUCGAUUGUCUGAGGACUCACUUAGAGCACCUGAAUCAAUAGCACCAGCACUUGCACAGGACUCAUUCCAUAGUGCACCUAACGCUGACAUCCCAACCCAUCAGCUUGAUCACCAAUCGUCACGCCAUGUGUUUGAAAAUUCAUCCAGAGACCCUCCAUAUCCUCCUUUCCGGGAAAUGCUGCAAAAGGGGGCGCUGGAACCGCUCGCGAAGCCCAAUCCGUACAACGAGGCUGCUGCACUGGGGCGUAUACGACUGCUAGAAGGGGAAGAGUCUCACUUAAGAAAAGAAAAUAUCUGUUUGCAGGAUAGAAUUGAUGAAUUAACAUUCAAUCUGGACAGAGCUAAUAGAGAAUUGAGAGUCAAGGAUGAAUCUCUUAAACUCAAGGAUGAAGAGAUCCGAAGUCUGAAAGCUGAGAGAAGGGAAGCAAGAAAGAAUGGUACGGACACCUGA